AGGGGCGGGCUCCUCUAGGAAGGGCGGCUCCUCAGGCUUGGCCUGGGCUGUCUCCUCCGGCCACCUGUGCCUGAGUCUGGGAAGAAGCCCCCAGCAGGUCCCGGCCUGUGACAUGUCGCUGUCGGGAGGGGGUGAGGGGGUGUGGUGAGGCUGGACUGCCCGCCAUGGGGCCACUGGCCCCGGGCCCCCAUCACGGGUGCCCCUGGCUGCCCCUGGCCCACUUCCUGCAGGUGGCCGUGGGCCCGGCCAUGCUCACCUGGGCGCUUUGUCUGCAGUUGGCUGUGGCCCUCACCAGCGCUGACACCCACCCAGGCUUUGCUGUCCUGGCCUCUGCCUCCCACUACUGGCCACUGGAGAGAGUGGGCGGGAUCCACGAGUUUCAGGACACAGCUGGAGUGCCGGGGGUGCCCGGCCUCACAGUGCUCCCCUCCCAUCACGCCGCCUCUGUGUACACCCAUGACUCUGCGUACUCAGACCGCUCGGCCGCUGUAGAUCUCGUGGAAGGGAAGGUGAGCAAAGGUGUUUACCUCAAGGAGGAAGAGAGACUCACGCUCCUGCACUUCAGGGGGGCCAAGGCCUCAUGUGUCAGCAGCCCUGCCCAGUGCGGCUCCAGGGGCGUCUCCUUCUCGUUCUUCUGGAAGGCGCAGGCCCAGCCACGGCGGUUGCCCACCAAUGGGGCGCAGGUGGUGUCCUCCGGCUUCAGGGUCAGCUCCAGUGGGGGCGAGGGCACCGUGGAGCUCCACACGCGUGAGGACGCCAUGACCUGGGAGGCCAGCGUCAGCCCCCCAGGCCCCUACUGGACGCAUAUCCUGUUCACGUGGCAGCCGCAGGAGGGCCUGAAGGUGUACGUCAAUGGCAGCCUGAGCACGGCAGACCCGCGAGGCAGAGUGGCCCCCGCCUACGGGGAGCCCCACGUCAGCCUGGUUCUGGGGUCCCUGUCCGACCAGGCCCGGCACCCCCAGGGAGGGGCCUUCGAUGAGGUCGUGGUCUGGGAGCGAGCCCUCAGCCCCGAGGAGGUUGCUGCUUACUUCACAGCAGCUGUAGGAAGGCAUGCGCUCUUCACCCCCACAGGCCCCUCCAUCACCCCCAAUGGCACCCCGAUGCCCACCAGCACCUCCCGCCCGCUCAGCACCCGCCUGACAGAAAAGGGGGACAGGCAGCUCCUCCAGGGUCCUCCUGGCCUACCCCUGCAAGACCUGUCCCUCAGCCUGCCUAGCACAGCCCUGAAGGGGGAUGCCGCACAGAACCUCACCCAGACCUUCCUGGACACCGUGGGUCAGGUGCUGCAGCUACCCAGCUGGACUUCGGGACCUCAGGACAGCUCGGUGGUGCUGGGCCUGGUGGACACAGUGGAGGCUGUGGUGGGCCGUAUUGCUGCCAGCCUUCGGGCCAGUGAGGCCGUCAGCAUCUCUGGCUCCUCCUCUGUGGCAGACUUCUCCCUGGCCAGACUUGGGCCAGCAGCCAUGAACACCUCCCACUUCCGCUUCCCGGCCCAAGGGCAGAGCUACAUUGAGAUCCCCCAGCAGGCCUUCCGCAGCCAAGGCUGGACCACCAUUGUAGGCCUCUUCUACCACAGCUUGCACCCCCACCUGGGCAACAUCCCCCCCGCCAGCACCAGGGUCUCCGGGGCUGCCCGCCACCCUGGCUGCCUGCUGUCUGCGGUCAGUGCGCUCAUCGCCUUGGAGGUGUCCCCGCCCCCCGUGCUGUCCCAGGACCUGGCAGCUGCCCCGCUGGUCAGCAUCCACCUGCAGCUCCGGCUGACCGGCCAGCAACACAGCGAGGCCACCGGCCAGGGCACCCGCGUGGCCAUGUACUGCGCUUUCCUGGACUUCAGCUCCGGGCAUGGCGUCUGGUCAGAUGAGGGCUGUGUGCUGACAGCCAGCAAUCUCACCUUCACCACCUGCCACUGCAGCCACCUCACCAACUUCGCCAUCCUCAUGCAGGUGGUCCCGCUGGAGCUCCCACGUGGACACCAGGUGGCGCUGUCGUCCCUCAGCUACGUGGGCUGCUCGGUGUCGGUGGUCUGCCUGGUCGCCACGCUGCUCACCUUUGCGCUGCUGUCGUCGGUCAGCACGCUGCAGGCCCAGCGCCACCGCAUCCACGCCCACCUGUCGCUGGCUGUGCUGGUGGCCCAGGUCCUGCUGCUGGUCAGCUUCUGCCUCCAGCCGGGCUCGCUGCCCUGCCGAGCGCUGGCCGUGCUGCUGCAUUACUUCUUCCUGAGCGCCUUCGCCUGGAUGCUGGUGGAAGGGCUGCACCUGUACCGCCUGGUCCUCAAGGCCUUUGGGUCGGAGGACGGCAAGCACCUCUGCUACUGCGGGCUGGGCUGGGGGGUUCCUCUUCUCAUCUGCGUCAUCUCGGUGUCCUCCACUGUGGACAGUUACGGGACCAGUAACAAUUGCUGGCUGUCUCUGGAUACCGGCGCCAUCUGGGCCUUCGUGGCCCCUGCCCUGCUGGUCAUCGUGAUCAAUGCUGGCAUCCUCGUGGCUGUGAGCCGGGUCAUCUCCCAGGUCAGCGCCGACAGCUAUAAGGCCCACGGGGACCCUGGCGCCCUCAGGCUGACCGUGAGGGCCGUGGCCGUGCUGCUGCCCAUCCUGGGCACCUCCUGGGUCUUCGGCGUGCUAGCCGUCAAUAGCCAGGCCUUGGCCUUCCAGUAUGUGUUUGCCGCCCUCAACUCCCUCCAGGGGCUGUUCAUCUUUCUCUUUCACUGUGUGCUCAACUCAGAGGUGAGAGCCGCCUUCCAGCACAAAGCCAAGGUCUGGUCCCUGAGCAGCAGCUCCACGCGCAACGCCUCCGGGAAGCGCUCCGCCUCUGACAUCGUGAAUGGGCAGCGCCCAGUCUCGGCCACCAAGCCAGGCCCCUGGGACCAGAGCAGCCACUCUGCCCACCCCGUGGACCUGUCUGCCGUGUGAGCUGGGGGCAGCCCCCACAGAGCACCCACCUGCACCCACCACUCUGACUCAGCCGCCCAGGUGACAGGCCGGAGCUCCCGGUGCUCUGAGGGUGCAGAAUGACCUUGAGGUAUCCCUGCCUCGGCGGCCCCCCGUGUCAAGAGCUGGACCCUCACGUCCCCUCUGCUGGCCGAAGGGACACACCCCUCUGCUGGCCGAGCCCACGGGGGCAUCUCCCCAGUGUCUCCUCGCCAGCAGCCAUGGAUGGCACUCAGCCUCUGAGGCCAUUGCAGGGGCCGGCUCCAAGGGGCCUCUGGCAGGAGCGGCCCUGGGCUAGACUUGACUGCCCCUGGAAAACUGCUCCCCGCUUGCUGUGGGGGGAGGCUGGAGAUGCCCGGGAGGCCGUGUCUGCUGUGGGAUGAGCCCAGCCAGACUGGGGGAUACUGGAGGUCUUGCCUGAAACCCUGAGCCUGCACCCCGUGCCCACACAGCUCAGCCCUGCUCACAUCCUCUCCUGCCUCAGGCCUCGGGCCUGGCCCCCCGGCCCCCUGGCACCCUGGUUCCUGGCCCCCAGCCCCCCAGCCCCCCAGCCCCGCCUCUGGCCGUCUGCCCUGUGCAGAGCUGAGCCAGCACCCCCAGGGACGUGUGCACCCCAUGAUGUGUCUUCGUAAUGAAGCCUGGAUAUCCCAGAAGAGAGGAUCCUCCGUAAGGUGCUGCCAGCCCCAGGGCAGGGCCUCUGGGGCCCUGGGGGAUAUGCUGCAGGAGCCUCCACUCGGGGGACAUCCAUGGGUGCACACUGGGGGCCCAGCCAUGCCCUCCCCUGCAGCUCGGCCGCCCAGCCCGCAUCCCAGUCCGGCCCGCGUCUGUCGUGUGCGGCUCCCUCUGUGGCCCCUCCUGGGGUCCUUGCUCUCAUCUCCCUGGACUGCGUGUCUGUGUCCCCCCAUCGCUGAUGCUGAUGUGGGUGACCUGCUGGCAGCUGUUCCUCUGAUGUUACUGUCGGGUAAAAUGUCCAAGCUGA